UGGCGGGAGCUUACGAAAUUAAAUUCGGCGUUUGUUUACCUUUUAACAUUAAAAUAUUUUAUUAAAAUGGCUAGUGAGGCAGUGUUAAAAUACUUAGUAGACACGAAUCGUCCGUAUUCUUGUGCAGAUGUGACAGUAAAUUUGCGCGGAGCGUUUCCUAAGUCAGCAAUACAAAAAGCAUUGGACGCUUUGAGUGAAGCUGGUAAAAUCAAGUGCAAAUUGUAUGGAAAACAAAAAGUUUACGCUGCUAUACAAGUAGACACAGUUACUGAAGAGAGUGAUAAAACCGACUAUGAUGCCUUAUUCAAAACUCUCACUCAAGAACUAGCAGACAAAACAAAUGCCUUAAAAACUGUUGAAAUAAAUCUUAAAAAUUUAACAUCAACACCAACCACAGAUUCAGCAAAAACAACUAUUGAUGAAAUUAAAAAUAGAACAGAGGCAACUGAAAAAAAGUUGGAUAUAUUGAAAACCUCCACAGAGGUUGUAAGUGUUGAAGAAAAGAAAAUUAUUAUGACUGAGCAUGAGAAAUUGUUGAAAGAAUAUAGAAAACGCAAAAGAAUUUGCAGUGAUAUGCUAGAUGCUGUCCUAGAAGGGUAUCCUAAAUCUAAAAAGACAUUGAUUGAAGAACUCUGUAUAGAAACAGAUGAAAUGGUUAAUUUUAAGUUGAUGACUAACUCUUGAGAUGCCUGUUGAUUGAUUACUUGAUUACAUUGCAUUUCAUAAAAUAAAUCAUAGGUACUUUUUUCUGCAAUAUUCAAUUUUCAAUAAAUGUGUUCCU